AUGGGUAAAGAUCAAUUUUCCAAAGAACACAUCAGAAACAGUCAUCGUACUGCCCCCAAGUCUGACAAUGUCUACUUGAGCCUUUUGGUCAAGCUUUACAGAUUCUUGGCUCGUCGUACCGACUCCAACUUCAACAAGGUCAUUCUCAAGUCUUUGUUUUUGUCCAAGAUCAACAGACCCCCAGUGUCUGUUUCCCGUAUUACUCGUGCUCUUAAGCAAAAGGGUGCUGAGAACAAGACUAUUGUUGUUGUCGGAACCGUCACUGAUGACAACCGUCUCUUCGAGGUCCCCAAGACCACUGUUGCCGCUUUGAGAUUCACUGCCGGUGCCCGUGCUCGCAUUGUCAAGGCUGGUGGUGAGGCCAUCACUCUCGACCAACUCGCUCGUCGUGCUCCUACUGGUCAAAACACCUUGAUUCUCCGUGGUCCCAGAGCUUCCCGUGAGGCCGUCAGACACUUUGGCAUGGGUCCUCACAAGGGUAAGGCUCCCAGAAUCCAAUCCAAGGGCCGCAAGUUCGAGCGCGCUCGUGGUCGUCGUAGAUCUAGAGGUUUCAAGGUCUAA